AUGACAAGUCCUCAAGUCUCUAUGACAGAGAUUGAAUUUCCGGCUUGGUAUCAGGACGAGCAAGUGCCAGUCACAAAACAGGAAAUCAAAGACAUCUUCAAUGAUUUAACCAGAAAGUUUGGAUUCCAACAAUCGUCGAAGGAAAACGUCUAUAUUCAUCUUUUGACUCAACUCGAUUCAAGGGCUAGUAGAACUACUGCCCAACAAGCUUUAAUUUCUCUCCAUGCCUCAUAUAUUGGUGGAGACUGUUCGAAUUAUAAGAAGUGGUAUUUUGCCGCCCAACUAGAUUUAGAUGAAGAGAUUGGAUUCCCUUACAUGAAACUUCAUGGUAAAUCAAAGAAGAGAAAUGCAAAGUUCGCAAGCGAGAAAGGUAUUUCAAUUAAAGAGCAACAACGACUGUGGAAACAGAAGCAGGAUGAAUUUUUGGAGAAUUAUCCCAAAAUUAUAAUGUCAGAAAAUGAGAGGAAAACUGGUUCCUCAUAUAAAGCCGCCGAUUACAAAUGGAAAAUGAAGAUGAACUCUCUUACUUCAUCACAAAUGACUAGACAGCUAGCGUUAUAUUUAUUAAUCUGGGGAGAAGCAAACCAAUUGAGAUUUACACCAGAAUGCCUCUGUUUUAUAUUUAAGUGCGCAUUAGAUUAUGAUUCUAGCUUGCAGGACAUCGAAGAUUCAUCCCAAGAUGAAUUUACUUUUCUAAAUAAUAUCAUCACCCCGAUUUACAAAUUCAUCAGGGAUCAAGUUUAUACACUAGAUUCACAGGGCAAACUAAUAAGAAGGGAAAAGGACCACAAGGAUAUUAUUGGGUACGAUGAUGUGAAUCAAUUAUUUUGGUAUCCUGAAGGAAUCGAACGGAUUGUCCUAAAAUCUGGAGCAAGAUUGGUUGAUACCCCUUUAGAAAAUAGAUUUCUUCUAUUGAAAGACGUAAACUGGGAUGUCGUUUUCUAUAAGACAUACUAUGAGACAAGGACAUGGCUACACUCAAUGACAAAUUUCAACAGGAUUUGGAUCAUUCAUUUUGCAACGUUUUGGUUCUUUACUUCGUUCAAUGCACCAACGUUAUACAGCAAAAAUUACAUUCAGACAUUGGAUAACCCACCAACACCUCAGAGUAGAUUUUCAGCUAUUGCUUUAGGCGGUGCAAUCACUUGCUUGGUUCAGAUAGUUGCCACUUUCGCGGAAUGGAGCUUUGUGCCCAGAGAUUGGCCCGGUGCCCAACAUCUCAGUAAAAGAAUGAUCGGUCUAUUUUUAUGUUUUCUCCUAAACUUUGGGCCAUCUGUGUACGUUUUUGGUUUCUUUGAUUUGGACGUUCAUUCAAAGAGUGCAUAUAUCGUCUCCAUAAUUCAGUUUACGAUUGCUAUCAUUACUACAAUAUUCUUUUCAAUCAAACCUUUAGGAGGACUAUUCGUAUCGUAUCUACAAAGAGGUAAGACCAAAAGAAAAUAUGUGUCAUCACAGACGUUUACCGCAUCGUUCCCAGAAUUGACUGGAAGAAGCAAGUGGUUUUCAAGAGGCCUAUGGUUUUGUGUCUUUGUUUGUAAAUUCAUUGAAUCAUAUUUCUUCUUAACGUUGUCAUUAAGAGAUCCGAUACGUGCAUUAUCCACGAUGGAUAUGACGAGAUGUAUUGGCGACAAAAUCUUGGGUAGAUUGGUAUGCAGAUGGCAGUCAUCAAUUACCUUAUUUUUGAUGAUAGUGACAGAUUUGGUUCUUUUCUUCCUUGAUACUUAUCUCUGGUACAUCAUUUGCAAUAGUUUAUUCUCCAUCAUGUUAUCCUUUUCCCUAGGCACAUCGAUAUUGACACCAUGGAAAAACAUUUACUCAAGACUACCAAGAAGAAUCUAUACCAAAAUUCUUGCAACAGCUGAAAUGGAUACUAAGUUCAAACCAAAAAUAUUGGUUUCUCAAAUAUGGAAUGCAGUAGUUAUCUCGAUGUAUCGCGAGCACUUGAUAUCGAUAGAUCACGUUCAGAGGCUAUUAUUUCAGCAAGUUGAAUCGACUUUUCAUGAAGGCAGAGCAUUGAAAUCACCAACAUUUUUUCUUGCUCAAGAUGACUCAAAUUUCAAGUCUAUGGAAUUCUUUCCAAGAAACUCCGAAGCCAGGCGACGCAUAUCAUUUUUUGCACAGUCUUUAUCAACACCUAUUACUGAACCCAUACCAGUAGAAUGUAUGCCAACCUUCACAGUGUUGAUUCCACAUUAUGCGGAGAAGAUUUUACUCAGUCUAAGAGAAAUAAUCAAGGAGGAAUCUCCAAAUAGUAAAAUAACGUUAUUAGAAUAUUUGAAACAAUUGCACCCAACUGAAUGGGAGUGUUUUGUUCGAGAUUCGAAGUUAUUGGCCAUAGAAAAUGGUCAUUUAUCCAAAGAACUCGAAGAAUCAGAAAACAACAGUAACAAGAAGGAUGAUUCAUAUAUUCAGGAAAAGAUAAGCGACUUGCCAUUCUAUUCUGUCGGAUUCAACGACUCUGAUCCCCGGUACACUUUACGUACAAGAAUAUGGGCAUCAUUAAGAACUCAAACACUUUACAGCACCAUAUCUGGAUUUAUGAACUAUGCAAAGGCUAUCAAGCUACUUUAUAGGAUAGAAAAUCCAUCUAUGGUUCACAUGUAUGCUGAUAACAUUGAUGGUUUAGAGAAUGAGUUAGAAUUAAUGGCAAGAAGAAAAUUUAAAAUGGUUGUUGCCAUGCAAAGGUAUGCGGAGUUCAAUCAAAGUGAGAGAGAAGCUGUGGACUUUAUUUUCAAAGUAUUUCCAUCCAUAUCGAUAUCCUAUUUAACAAAGGAAAAAGACCCGAAUAAUGUCACAGGAGAGCCAACAUUUUACUCUUGUUUGUGUGAUGGUUCGUGUGAUGUGGAUGAGUCAACAGGUUUGCGCAUACCUAGAUUCAAGAUCAGACUAUCAGGGAACCCAAUUUUAGGGGACGGUAAAUCUGAUAAUCAAAAUCAUUCGAUAAUUUUUUAUCGUGGAGAGUAUAUUCAAGUCAUAGAUGCCAACCAGGACAAUUAUUUGGAAGAAUGUUUAAAGAUACGGUCGAUAUUAAGUGAAUUUGAAGAAUUGGAGAUGGAAAAUUUUGUGCCAUACAUACCAGGCAUCGAAUAUAGCGAGCAGCCAGCACCAGUUGGUAUCGUUGGUGCUAGAGAAUACAUCUUUUCAGAGAAUAUCGGAGUACUCGGAGAUAUUGCUGCAGGCAAAGAGCAGACCUUUGGUACAUUGUUUGCUAGAACUCUUUCUGAGAUUGGUGCCAAGUUACAUUAUGGCCAUCCAGAUUUCCUAAAUGCAAUUUUCAUGACAACUAGAGGAGGCAUUUCAAAAGCACAAAAGGGUUUGCACUUGAAUGAAGAUAUAUAUGCUGGGAUGACAGUUCUUUGUAGAGGUGGGAGAAUCAAGCACAGUGACUACUUCCAAUGCGGAAAAGGGCGUGAUCUCGGUUUUAAUUCAAUUUUGAAUUUUACAACUAAGAUUGGUGCUGGUAUGGGAGAACAACUUUUAUCUCGAGAAUAUUAUUAUUUAGGAACCCAACUUCCAAUUGAUCGAUUUUUGUCCUUCUUUUAUGCCCAUCCAGGAUUUCACCUCAAUAAUUUAUUCAUAACACUAUCAGUGCAAUUAUUUUUCGUAUUGCUCUUGAAUUUGGGCUCUUUGAAUCAUGAAGUUACAUCAUGCAUUUAUGACCAUAACAAACCCAUAACUGACAUACCCAUUCCAAUCGGUUGUUAUCAAUUAAAACCUGUCUUGCAUUGGGUGACAAUCUUUGUGUUAUCAAUAUUCAUUGUAUUUUUCAUAGCAUUCGCACCACUUUUGAUACAAGAGCUUCUUGAAAAGGGUAUCUGGAAAGCAUUUUCUAGGUUUAAUCACCAUUUGAUCUCUUUGGCUCCUGUUUUUGAAGUAUUUGUGUGUCAAAUUUAUUCCAAUUCCUUAUCGACAGAUGUAACAUUUGGAGAUGCAAAGUAUAUCCCGACAGGGAGGGGCUUUGCUAUAACAAGGCUAGAUUUCAAUGAUCUUUACUCCAGAUUUGCUGCAUCAUCCAUAUACUCAGGAUCAAUGGUAUUUUUGAUGUUGUUGUUUGCCACUUUGUCAAUCUGGCAGCCCGCAUUAUUAUGGUUUUGGAUAACUGUGAUUUCCUUGUGCUUAGCACCAUUUAUCUUCAACCCACAUCAGUUUUCAUUCACUAAUUUCUUUGUUGACUAUAGGAAUGUAAUGCAUUGGUUUUCUGGUGGUAAUUCCAGUUAUCAGCCAAACUCUUGGGCCAAUUUUGUGAAGGAUAAUAGGAGCAGAUAUACAGGUUACAAGAGAAAGGUGAUACAUGACAAAAGUGAAACCAAGAAUAAAAGCCAAAGACGUCCUUCAUUCACCAACCUUUUCAUUUCAGAAAUACUAAUUCCAUCAUUUCUAGUAGUUUUCAGCUUGAGCGCCUACUGUUACAUUAAUUCACAAACCGGAGUUAGGAAAGUUGAGCCUACCCAAAUAUUAGUGCGGCUCGCGCUUGUCACUUUCUUCCCAAUUGUAGGAAAUAUUGUAACGUUGUCUUGCCUUUUCAUGAUGUCAUGUUUUGCAGGGCCAAUACUAUCAUGCUGUUGUAGCCACUCGAGUGGAACAACAGCGGCAAUCGCCCAUGCAAUAUCUGUGAUUUUAUAUUUGCUUGAUUUCGAAAUAAUCUGGUUCUUGGAAGGUUGGAACUUCACCAGGACGUUGGUGACGGUGAUAACCGCAAUAAAUAUCCAAAAUUUGAUCUUUAAGGUAGUGACCAUAAUGCUGCUUUCAAGAGAGUAUUUGAACAAUAGAUCGCAUUUAGCAUGGUGGUCCGGGAAAUGGUAUAACACUAAAAUUGGAUGGUCGGUAAUAUUCCAACCUGGGAGAGAAUUUAUCGUGAAAAUUAUGGAGUCAAGUCUUUUCGCCGCUGACUAUAUACUCUGUCAUUUCUUGCUUUAUGCUCAAACACCUAUUGUCUUGAUACCAUUUAUCGAUUAUUGGCAUAGUACAAUGCUUUUCUGGCUAAGACCGGGUUCAUUUCUAUCGAGGACGACAAUAUACUCUGCAAAACAGAAAAGGAUAAGACUUUCGAUAGUAAGAAGAUACUUCUUUCUAUACAUCCUCAACUUGAUAUUUUUCUUGGCAUUGUUGAUCAUUCCGAUGGUGACUCAAAACUACUUGCCGAAGGGUGAAACAUUGUUCACAGAUGAUUUAUUAAGUGGAUUAAUUCAACCACAUAAGCAGGAGAACAAUGAUACUGGUCCUAACGCCCCAUCUACUAUUUUGAGAAGUACCCCACCAUUACCUGUUUUCAAAACUGUUGCUUAG